AUGGUACCACCGAUUGCACAAAACCGAACACUCCUGUCCAAUCAUCCGGACAAAGUCCGCAUGCUUGUGCUUGAGACUGAUGAGACACAUCCCGACACGCAAAAAGAGACGGGAUCCUUUGGGGUUGUUUUGGGCCAACUUCUCAAGAAAGCCGGAGACGCGCACAAGCCCAGUCUAGGUAUCGAAACUGCCAUGCAAUAUGUGGUCGAACCGGAAGGUGGCGCCAUACCAAAGUUGGAGGAGAUUGGCGACGAUGUCCAUGCUAUUCUAAUCACGGGUAGCUGCUGGGACGCGCACGGUAACGACCCCUGGAUCCUCAAGCUCAUGCAGUUCAUCAAAGACGUGUGGCAACAUCGCCCCGAUAUCCGCUUCACAGGAAUUUGUUUCGGACAUCAAAUCCUUUGCAGGACUCUCGGCGCAACCGUCAAACCCCAGAAGGAUGGUGAAUGGGAACUUUCCCACCAACCCAUCCAAUUGUCUGAACUUGGCCGCAACCUCUUCAACCUGUCCGAAACCGAGUCCAAGAUCCAUCUUCAUCAAAUGCAUCUCGAUCACGUCGUCAAUCCUCCGUCCACUGAGACGACUGAUCUGAUACCGAAGAACACCAAGGUACAUGUCUGGGGUACCAGCGAGCAUACAGGUGUGCAGGGCGUGUAUAUCCACAAGAGGCUAUUCACCACACAAGGUCACAUGGAGUUUGAUGAGGCUCUUGUGAAGAGGCAGUUAGAGAUGAGGGUCGAGAGUGGGAGUGUCAGUAAAAAGGAUGCGAACGAAGCCGCAGAGAGAGCAGAUUGGAUGCACGAUGGCCUUCUCGUUGCCCAGGCAGUUUUGAGAUUCUUCCACGGUGACGACGACAUAUACACGUAG